UCAUCAUCGUCAUCAAUGAGAAUCAGCUGGUUUGUGGUAACGAGUCAGAACCGUAAAUAUUAUGCUGAAGUUUCUCUCUUUGUUGCUCACACGAUACUACUCACACUGCCUUCCUCCGUUUUGCUCCCUUCUCACACACAUACAUACACGUGUAUGCAUCAUGUCUACACGGAUCGUUUGCGAAGAUGCAGCAAAGGGCUACACAAACAACGCAUUAUAUGCAGCUAGAUUAGACUCUUCUUCUUAGUUCUGAUACUUUCAUUCACCCCCUGGCUGCGUGUCUCUUUCUUCCCCAAAUAAUAGAAAUGCUGGUUUUUUUCGCUCUGUGUUUAUAAUGCUAUUAUUUUUUGCUGCUUCAUGAUAAUGUGCGUAUACUGUUCGGCCAACUGAGCAUCACCAUCGUAUGUGUGUGUGUAUGUGUUUGUUGCGUUUGAGACUCUGGUUGGGAGAGAUAGGGAAAGAGAGCGAGAAAAAGAUAAACGAACAGAAAGGUGUUAGAAAGAGAGCACGAACGAAAGGAGAACGCAUCGAAUGUACUACGCUAGAGUAGGAAAGUAUUCGAUUUCAUCCCCAACCUCCUGCGCACCUACCCCUAUUUCACACCCCAUUUCGCACAAGUCUCUACACUUUGUACGUCAAAGUGAAAACGAUUCAAGACUUGUCGUCGUCUCAGCAGUAGCACCAGCAUUGCAGUUGUAAGAAGAAGUAGUGUUCGCCUCGCCGAAUGAACGUCGGAUAUCAUUGCCAUUUCGAUGAAGUUUGCAGCUCUACAGUGACCAACUACUACGGACUGCUGCAUCGAAUUAGGUGCAGCAAGUUGUACAGUAGGGGAGUCGAAUCGAGCUUGUGCAAUUUUUUUUCAUCCACAAAAAGCAAAAACGGAUCAGCACGAGACGACCAAAGGUGGAGAGGUGUUACGACGACGUUGGUGUCUUUUGAGUAGUAGUAGGCUGCGCGAAGACACCACACACACAUACACAGACACAGGAUCACGGAAGGAGUGUGAGAAACCAGCAGCCAAGGAGGAAGGAAUCAGAGUGGCUCAAGCGCACGUCUUCGUCUUCUAGAUUAAUUUUCCUUUUUUGAGUUUGAAUGGUGCCCUCGAUAGAAACUCAAAAUUGAUUGCCUUCGGAAACCGAUUGGCGGCGGCUCUUCGGCAAGGUCCUGCUCGUCCUCGUCGUCGUCGGACGAAGACCUCAAUGAACGACCACCACCACCAGCAGCAGCCCAGCGGAGGAAGUUCACGUGCCAGCCUACGCAAGACUUGCCGCCUGCCGACGGUAUCGGUAUUGUCGUCGUUGUUGUAGAGCAGGAGCCGCAGCAGCAGGAACAGCAGCGCGAAACAGUUGGAAGGAGUUUCGCGGUGGCAGAACCGGCAGAGCGACGACCGCAGAGGCAACUAGCGGCAGCUGCCGGUGUAGAACUCUUGCCAGAAGAGGAGGAGGAAGAGGAGGAGGAGGCGGAGGAGCAGCAGGAGGACGAGCAGCAGCCGCAGGUAGUGCAGCAGCAACCGCAGCGACGCCUGGCUGUGGCCGAUCGGGAGAAGGAGGAACGGGAGGGCGACGAGAGUCGUCCUGCUGCUACUGCUGCUGCUGCUGCCGCCGCCGCCACCACUACCGCCGCUAGUCGUCGCAGGUCGCGCGUAGUGAUAGUGCCAGGCGGAGCAGGAGGCGUUGGAGGAGGAGCAGGAAGUGGCGCCAGUGGUGGUGGUAUCGCUGACGAAACUGUUGGUGUUGUUAGUGGUGGUAGUAGUGGUGGUGGUAGCGUUGCGCUAGCAGGAUUACCUUCCGAGGUAGCGGACCGAUUCGCUUCGAAGCGACGCAGCACUAGAACGGCCACACAGCGACAGACUAGUGGUAGUGGUAGUGGUAGUAGCAUUACACCCGGCGAUAGUGAAGCACCGCACCGAGCAGCGCUCCAUCUCGGAGAUCUCGGUGGCGUUCCGUGCCGUGUUCGAUCGUCCUCCUCCACGUCGGCGCUGCGUCAGCACAGCUCGGUUGGAACGAGCGACGGACAUUCACUUCACCAUCAUCGUACCGCACGCGCGUUAGACACAUCCGAUAGCAACAAAGACUCGGUGCAGCAUCGGGCAGACGACGCAACCGAGCGCAGGGAGGUGGUUGAACAACCCGGUGCAGUAGUGGAGGAAGCGGACAACUGUUACUACAUUGCCGCGAGUAGCGAGCAGCAGCAGCAGCAGCAGCGUAGUGACGAAGACGACGAUUGCAGUCCACGUUCGAAACGCCGGCGAAAGAUGCUGAACGAUAACGUCGGUGGCAGCGGUGGUGGUGGUGGUGGUGGUAAUCGGAACGGAGCUGCCGCCGGUCUCGCACCGGCCGCGCCCUCCUCGGCCGCUUCCCCGAUGGACGCAUCAAACUGUGAUCUGAACGGUCACACUGUGGCCAACAGUAGUAGCAGCAGCAACAACAAUAGCAGUAGUAAUAACGCCACCGUUAGCAAUAAUAGUAGCAACUCCGCCGAGAACGACAGUACUGGCGGCGGCGGCGGCGGCCUCAGCAACAACAACAAUGGACUGACCGCGAACGGUGACGCGGGCGGAGGUGGAUCACGCCCCUCGCCGGCUACACGUACCGUCGUGAAGCUCGACCGCACCAACCAAGACAUUGUGCGGUUGAUCGGCCAACAUCUGAAAGACAUCGGGCUGGAGCGGAGCGCCGAGAUGUUGAUGCAGGAGUCGGGCUGCUGCCUGGAGCAUCCGGCCGCCACCAAGUUCCGCAUCCACGUGCUGUGCGGCGACUGGAACAAGGCGGACCACGAUCUGCAGGAGCUGCAGUCGAUGGUCGACAUACGCACCGAUCGGGCCAGCAUGAACGAGAUGAAGUUUCUGCUGCUCGAACAAAAGUAUCUGGAGUAUCUGGAGGAGGGCCGUCCGAUUGAUGCGCUGCACGUGCUGCGCAACGAGCUGACACCGCUGCAGCACAAAACACCGCGCGUCCACCAGCUCUCCUCGUACAUGAUGUGCACGAACAACCAGGAGCUGUAUGCACGGGCCGGGUGGGAAGGCAAGGGUUCGAAAUCGCGCACCCGGCUGAUGGAUCGGCUGCAGUCCUACCUGCCGGCGACGGUAAUGCUACCUCCGCGGCGCCUCCGUUCACUGCUCGUGCAGGCCGUCGAGCUGCAGAACGAGCGCUGCCAGUGCCACGACAUGACGUGGAGCACCAGCAUCGACAGCGUGUCGCUGCUGGUCGACCAUAACUGCAGCGCGGACGGGUUCCCGCUGCAGCCGCUGCAGGUGUUGAACGACCACUCGGACGAGGUGUGGUUCUGCAAGUUCUCGCCCGACGGACGACGGCUGGCGACCGGCUCGAAGGACAACAGUGUGAUCGUGUGGGAGGUCGAUCCGGUGAAGCUACUGCUCCGCAACAAGCGCUCCUUCGAGGGGCACACGUACGGCGUGUCGUACAUCGCGUGGAGCCCGGACUCGAAGCACUUCAUCGCCUGCGGACCGGACGACUGUCCCGAUCUGUGGCUGUGGGACGUGGAGCAUGAGAAGCUCGUGACAAAGUUCUCGCACUCCACCGACGACAGUCUCACGUGUGCGGCGUUCAAUCGCGAGGGCACGCGUUUCGUGACGGGCGGAACGCGGGGCCAGUUCUAUCUGGUCGAUCUGGACGGCAUCCUGCACGACAAUUGGGAGGGCGUGCGGGUGAACGGACUCGCCUUCCUGUCGGACAACAAGACUGUGCUGGCGGCGGACACACACUACCGGAUACGGGGCUACAGCUUCGAGAACCCGCGCACCGACUACGGCAUCGUGCAGGAACAGUGCCCGAUCAUGACGUUCUCGGUGAACUCGGCCGACCGGCUCGCCCUGCUCAACAUCUCCUCCCAGGGGCUGCAUCUGUGGGAUCUGCAGGACAAGUGUCUGGUGCGACGGUUCCAGGGUGUCACGCAGGGCAACUACACCAUCUACUCGUGCUUUGGCGGCGUGAACGAGAGCUUCGUGGCGAGCGGCAGCGAGGAUAACAAGGUGUACAUCUGGCACAUCCGCCGGGAGGAACCGCUCGCCACGCUGAUUGGCCACACGCGCACGGUGAACUGUGUCAGCUGGAAUCCGGUGUAUCCGUCACUGUUGGCAUCUGCCUCGGACGAUGGUACGGUGCGCAUUUGGGGCCCGCAGCAACCACAGACGCAGUGGACGGCGAACGGUGGUGUGUCUAGCUCGGCGCUGCACCAGCACCAGGCCAAUCAACAUCCGCAGGUGCACACGAACGGUAGUGCCGGUGCAGCCGAUAGUGCCUCGAUCAGUUCGACCGGAUCUGCAACCUCAACAUCGUCCUCAACCUCAUCCUCAUCCGGUGGGAGCGGCGGCGGUGGUGGAGGCGGCGGCGGUGGCGGAGCUGGCGGUUCCGGUCAGCCACCGAGCGUUGGAGGUGGUGGUGGUGCUGGUGGCAGCAUCGAAGUUCUAUCAACAUCGUCCUGGAAUAUCACAUAAUGUUAGAUAUUUAAACACAAAACCCACGGUCUCAAGAGCGUAUAUUUAAGAGGUCGAGACGACGAGAACGCCCACAGCGCGCCACAAAAAGCGAUGAGCGAGGAAAAACGGGUGGUGGGUGUUGCGUUGAGACUGGCUGACACCACCAGCACCAUCAGCAGCAUCACGCCGUCACGCGUUCCUUCACGCUGCACAUCGAAAGUAUGGAAUGCGCCGGAUUGUGAUUGUGGCAGCAUAUAUAUUGGGUCGGGUCGGUCGGCAAUCACAGCAAUAGAGAAGUAAUGUUAUGAACGCAAAAUCGCCGAAGAAAGAUUUGGAACGGAUAAUACUGCAGCAGCCCGCUCCCGGAGAAGGGGGAGAGUAGCGCGGUAGUUUUAAAUAAUCGAACGAUGUAAUAAAACAAAGAGUAAGAGGUUCAAUUGAAACGCAAUAGUAAGCAACACAAAAACACACAAAGGAUGGUUACGGAGGAGUAAGAAAACUUUAAGCAGAGAGUCCAAUAUGAAAGAGAAAAACGUGUUCGAAUUGGUACGACGAGUACUGAGAAGAGUGGUAAGAGCAUUAAGGUUAAAGUGAGCAGAAAAGGAAGAAAAUGCAAUUCAACCGCCCUCCCCCCGCAAGUAUAAUAAGCCACUCAGUAGACAUGCAGCAGUAUAUUGGAUGCAAGCAACAACAAAAAACCCCCUUCUAGGCGGAACGACGGGGACGGCAGAGAGGAUCAGCUAAUGUAAGUGAAAAAGGUAGAAAGAUUUUCCUUCGAUCGAUUUGAAUCGAAGCAACCAGCGGAAACGGAAACGAAACACAGCAGCAAGCAAAAGGAUGAUUGGUUUAUAGGCAUAGCACACUGGGCUUUAGGUGCGUAAUUAUAGUAGGAAUAAACCUUCGAACCGUGUGGGGUGAUGAGAGCGCCGUUCGCGAAUAUUUAAGCAGCUGCAGUAGAAGAGGAAGAAGAAGCAGAACUGUGAGCAACAACACGAUUACACCGUACAAGGAUGUCUGUGUCUAGGCAACGGUCAAAGUAAGCCUUUGGGAGUGAAGCAGCAUUGGACAGACACGUGUUUGUGACUUAAAAACAAUUCGGUUCAUUGUUUUAAGCUAUCCGUUCGUAAUUUGAUAGUUAAACAAACACCCCCUUCUCCCCACAAGCGCGACAAGUUUUUCGCGUGUAAGAAGAUGUGUAAGGGGGGGGGGGAUGAUUAGGCAUAAUUUAGUUUGCGUUCUUUUUUUUUUUGCAUAUUUCAUUUUAUCUUUUCUCAUCCGCAAAGAAAUGGAAUAAAAAUGGAAACAAAUGUGAAAUUCGAUUUAUUUUUUCUUCUUUUUCUGUGCGGCCUCCACCAUCUGGCACCAAUUGAUUGGUAGAGAAGACACGACGACAUGCAAGAGCGACAAGGACGUAGUAAACAAGCAAUCUUAUCAAUUACAAAGCGAAGCAAACACAACUAAAAAGCUAUAAAAGAAAACACACUCACCAAUACAUGCUCACACAGUUACAGUUACAGAGAGAGAGAGAGAGAGAGAGAGAGAGAGAGAGAGAGAGAGAGCAGUAGAAAGGAUAAUGAUGAUGAAUCGCGCUAGUGACGAGGCUCCAAAGGCAACAAUGGAUACACACACCCACACACACAGAUUGAAAGGUUUUGUUGGUUGAAAAAUAAAUAAGGCAAA